CGUUCACUUGGCGGCAAUGUACGCAUGCGCGGUGCCGUAGCCGGUUAUGGCGGCCGAGAGUGUGUUUCCAUGAGGCGCCUUGCGAUACCUAUUCUUUCGGACUGAGAACGCAGAAAAGAGGAACCGAGGCCAUGGCUGGCGUGUUCGACAUCGACUUGGACCAGCCAGAGGAGAACGUUUCUGACGACGAGAUUGAAGAUGGGGCCCAGAACAGUGAGUUCAUGGAUCAAUGCAACAGUUUCGAAUUUAACAUGGAUGGCUGUGAAAAAUUCGAAAUCUCAGAAGACAGUGUGAAUAGAGGAACAGAGCAAAUUCGACCAGAGUGUUUUGAACUGCUUCGGGUCUUGGGAAAAGGUGGAUAUGGCAAGGUGUUCCAAGUUAGAAAGGUGUCCGGAGCUACAUCAGGAAAAAUAUUUGCUAUGAAAGUCCUUAAAAAGGCAAUGAUUGUUCGCAAUGCGAAGGACACGGCACACACCAAAGCCGAGCGCAACAUCUUGGAGGAGGUCAAGCAUCCAUUCAUCGUCGAUCUCAUUUACGCCUUCCAGACUGGGGGCAAGCUGUACCUCAUCCUGGAGUACCUCAGCGGCGGAGAGCUAUUUAUGCAACUAGAGAGAGAAGGGAUUUUCAUGGAGGACACGGCCUGCUUUUAUCUAGCAGAAAUCUCCAUGGCUCUGGGACACUUGCAUCAAAAAGGGAUCAUCUACAGGGACCUCAAACCGGAAAACAUCAUGCUUAACAACCAUGGUCACGUGAAGCUGACCGAUUUCGGCCUGUGUAAAGAAUCGAUCCACGAUGACACAGUCACUCACACGUUCUGUGGUACCAUAGAAUAUAUGGCACCGGAGAUCCUGAUGAGAAGUGGCCACAACCGCGCCGUAGACUGGUGGAGUCUGGGAGCUCUGAUGUACGAUAUGCUGACCGGCGCGCCACCCUUCACUGGCGAGAACCGAAAGAAAACCAUAGAUAAAAUUCUGAAGUGCAAACUGAACCUUCCACCCUACCUCACACAAGAAGCCAGGGACCUUCUCAAAAAGCUGCUCAAAAGGAAUGCCUCGUCACGCCUGGGGGCCGGACCAGGAGAUGCCACUGAAGUGCAGGCUCAUCCUUUCUUCCGACACAUCAACUGGGAAGAGCUCCUCGCCCGCAAGGUGGAGCCUCCUUUCAAACCCUUCCUGGUAGGCGCCAUUGUGAUAGACCUUUCCAAAACAUCAGCACUAGGGCCACUCCGUGGUUCACCGCCUACUGCCAUGUUCCCACAGCAAUCCGCCGAUGACGUGAGCCAGUUCGACUCCAAGUUCACAAGUCAGACGCCGGUGGAUAGUCCGGACGAUUCGACGCUUAGUGAGAGUGCCAAUCAAGUCUUCCUGGGUUUUACGUACGUGGCUCCAUCCGUGUUGGAGAACGUCAAGGAGAAAUUCUCUUUCGAGCCAAAAGUUCGAUCACCUCGACGGUUUCUGGGAAGCCCAAGAACACCUGUGAGCCCUGUGAAGUUCGCUGGUGCAGACUGCUGGCCCCGGGGCCCGCCACUGCCCGUGGCCCCAUCCCUCCAGUCCCCCACAGAGCUGGCCAUGGAGGUGUCCACAGUGGAGCAGAUGGACGUGACGGCCAGUGCAGAGGCCUCGGCCCCCCUGCCCAUCCGGCAGCCAGCCGGCACCAACCCAGGGCCUUUCAAGAAGCAGGCCUACCCCAUGAUCUCAAAGAGGCCCGAGCACCUGAGGAUGAAUCUUUGACGCUCAGCUUGACCCCUCCCCCUUUCCUUUUUUCUUUUUAAACGGACACGAGAAAAUGAAACGGACACAUCUUCUCACCACCAGCCUGAUCAUACAUCUGCCCCCUGUUGCUAUGGCGAGUGUGACUCCGCCUCCACGUGGGGACUGGCUUUUUUCAUCUUCACCUGGGUUGGCUUGACAGAUUCAAGCUGGGCCUUACUCUGAUUAUACUCUUUUUUAUUUUAUAAUUUUGUUUUUUUUACAUGAUUCUGGCUCAUCAGGAAAAUGAAAUGAACGCGGGAGGAAAGUCGUCACCGGCGUGCAAACAUCCACGGAAUGUUGGAGUUCUCUUCUACAGUAUUACUUUAGAUGCUAUGUCGUUCUCUUGUUUAUUUUUGUUUCUUUUUGAGAAUGAAAGGACGAAUCAUUGAACAAAUGUAUUAUAAUUUAAGGAUCAGUUGGGGUCUUGCAAUGCAAAUAUGUGAUGCGCCUAAUGGGUUUGCAGCAAGCUGCCGCUAACAUCCUAUAUACUACUAGAUCAGUAUAUAAACACUACAAUAAAAAAAAGAACAAAUUGGUUUUAAUAUCUUUCUAUUUAAAUGAUGUGGGUUUGAGUGUGAUUGACCCAAUAAGAUACUUGCGGCCCAGGUUUUUUCUCCACUCUUUGUUGCCUGUCAGAUAUCCAGUACGAGGGUGUAUUUUGUCAAACACGGCUUGCUGACUGAAUAGCGCGGUAAAACGGCGCUCUAGCACAUGUCCAAUACCAAAUGUAGCAGAUGGCUGUGAGGAUGUUACAGGCUUGCUCAGCCAUUCUGAAUCGUGUGAGGAAACGCUGGUGACAUCACAAAUAUUAAGGCCUUUUGCGUAUGACUGACAAGCACCCUACCGACAGUUUGGCGCUUUCCCUUGCUCUCUCUCUUUCUCUCUCUCUCUCCAUUCUUUCUUUCGAGUGCCAGAAUCUACGUACAGGUUAAGAACUUGAAUUAAUCCGUGAACAAGUUUACUGUUUUAAAAAAAGAAUAAUAAUAAUAGGCUGAUCUUCCAAGGUCAUUUUCUCUGCUGAAAUUACAGCUUCUGUCUUUCACUUUCCUUUCUGUGAUUAAUAUCACGGUUUGAUGUGAGGCCAAUCCUUAAUUGCUGCCUUACAUAGAGUAUUAACUGUCCAUCCCAGCUAGGUGAAGUAUUUUUAUGGUUAUUUUAUAAUGUGCACCUGAGAAAUGACUGAUGCUUUACUAAACCAUGUUGUGACUUCCAUGUCCAUUACAGGAUGUCUUAAACACUUCACUGUCACUGAGGCUUUAUCUGUUUUCUAAACUGAGCCAGAGGAGUAAAGCCAUAACUUUCUCGUCCAUAAUCGGCAGACGUAUUCAGAUCCGGACCUCGGGGUGGGACCCACAUGGCGGGAUGGUGCGUCCCAGCUGCUUGUUGGCAUCCAAGUCAGCAGAGCGAUAUCUUUCGUGAGCGGCUCCUGUGUUGCCGUGGUUGCUGUGACCGCGACAGAGAGGUCAGGGCUCCAUGUUGUGUUGAUGUUGAAUAAACACUAUGAUUUUUA